UUGUGACGUCACAAAACUGACUUGAAUGAAUGAAGCGUCAUUGUAGCUGCGCGGCCACGGCCUGUCUACUUUCUCCUUUUGACAGAACCGAACGCAUUUUCCCUAGUACUCGUCGCUUGAACCUCUACACCAUGACGAGAAGGCUUCUGCCCGGCGCUUUUCUGCUGCUUCUGGCCGCCGCACACUGUUCGGCUACUUUGGUAAACGACGAAGUCAAGAGGACGGUGGACCUGAGCACUCAUUUGGCUAAGAUCACCGCUGACAUUACACUGUCCAACCAUGCUCGCUACGACGUCCAAAGCUUCAUCUUAACUGUGGAUCCCGAGCUUUACCCACACAUGGCAUACAUUGGAGCCUCGGUGCCAGGUGAUGAAGAGGAUGAUGGCCAACUUGACAUUUCGGAAACCAAAAUUACCGGCUUAAGCGGAGUCUUCUUCAAAGUAACUCUACCGUACACCUUGGUUGUUGGCAGAAAGAUUAAAGUAAAGGUGGAAAUGACUUUCAGUCACGUCCUCCAGCCCUUCCCCUCAGACAUCACUCAGGCUGAGCGGCAACUGGUAGUUUUUCAAGGCAACCACUAUUUCUACUCUCCAUACCCCACCCAAAUUCAGACAACACGUGUUCGCCUGGCAUCCAAAACGGUGGAGAGCUACACCAAGCUGGGCAAUCCCACCAAGACGGACGAGAUCAUUGAAUACGGCCCAUACCAUGAUAUGCCCCAGUUUAGCCAGGAUACAAUGAGGAUUCACUUUGAGAACAACACACCCUUUCUCGCCAUCAGUAGCAUUACUCGCACCAUCGAGGUGUCUCAUUGGGGCAAUAUUGCAGUGGAGGAGACCAUUGAUGUGAGGCACACUGGAGCUGUCCUGAAGGGCCCAUUUUCACGCUACGAUUACCAGCGUCAGUCAGACAGUGGCAUCUCAUCUGUUAAGUCCUUUAAGACUAUACUUCCAGCUUCUGCGCAAGAUGUCUACUACAGGGAUGAGAUUGGGAACAUCUCAACAUCCCACCUGCAGGUGCUGGAUGACUCUGUGGAGGUGGAGAUUAGGCCUCGCUUCCCUUUGUUUGGAGGCUGGAAGACCCAUUACAUUAUUGGGUACAACCUGCCCAGCUAUGAGUAUCUCUACACGCUGGGAGACGAGUAUGCACUGAAGAUGAGACUGAUUGACCACAUUUAUGACGACCAAGUCAUUGACUCAAUGACUGUGAAAAUCAUUCUGCCAGAGGGAGCCAAAAACAUCCAAAUGGAGACACCGUAUAAAAUCAAUCGCAUGCCAAAUGAAUUGCACUACACGUAUCUUGAUACCUUUGGCAGACCUGUGCUGGUCGCUACCAAGGACAACCUGGUGGAACAGCAUAUUCAGGAUGUUGUGGUUCGCUACAACUUCAAUAAGAUUCUAAUGCUGCAAGAGCCUCUAUUGGUUGUUGCGGCCUUCUACAUCCUCCUCUUCACUGUCAUCAUCUAUGUUCGCAUGGACUUCGCCAUAACAAAGGACCCAGCGGCUGAGGUGCGCAUGAAGGUGGCUUCCAUCACUGAGCAGGUUCUGACCCUGGUCAACAAGCGCCUGGGCCUGUACCGACACAUGGACGAGGUGGUGAACCGCUACAAGCAAUCUCGUGAUACGGGCGCACUCAACGGUGGCCGUAAGACCCUCGAGGCGGACCACCGUGCGCUCACCAACGAGAUCAGCUCACUGCAGGCUCGUCUCAGGACCGAAGGCUCGGAUUUGGCUGAAAAGGUCGGAGAGGUGCAGAAGCUGGACGGCCAGGUAAAAGAGCUAGUGAGCCGUGCGAGCCAGGAGGCAGAGCGACUGGUUGCCGGCAAAGUGAAGAAAGAGGCUUAUAUCGAGAAUGACAAGUCUCUGGCCAGCAAGAGACAGGAGUUAAUUGGCCGUAUCGACAGUCUACUGGAUGCUCUGUAAACAAGAUAUCAACACUCGUCCGGCAGCCAACCCUGUGUAUGUAUGGCAACCCCGAUAAAUGUGACAAACAUGCUUUUCACAUCAUAUAAAGCCAGUGCAUGUCAUCUUGGGGCUUUAUCUAAACACUUGUGCCUUGUGUUAAACUGGAUCACAGGUUGUUGAGCUCUCCCCCUUUGUCACAUAUGCUCAGACUUUACAGUCCCUCUUGUUUAAAUCUCCACCUUUAGUUUGUUUUACUGAUUUUGGUUACAUUUUUUGCAAGACGUAAUAACUAAAUGGCCUAAAUGUUCUCUCUCAUUUUGUUGCUCUCAUACACCAAUUCUAAAUUGACAUUAUCUCAAGCGGUAAGGUGUGAUGGUUACUUAUGUUUGCCAAUUUUCUCCGUUUUGCACUUGCUGUACUAUUUUUCUACUUUUCCCUGAUGUUGAAGCUCUGAUUUUUUGACAUGUCACUUUUUUCUGUAAAUUAGCCACAUUUUCUACAUUAAGUGGUUUUGUAAGAGGUGUAUCCCUUGGGAUUAAUACAUGAGAUUUUUUUUCAAGACAAGGAGAUGAGGCAAAAAAAGCAAAACUUAAAUUUGAAACAAAAAUAAAAGUUUGAGCCGCAACCUUUUCAGUUUGAAUUAAUGAGCUUACCCAUGUCAUUUGUUUUCUUUGCUACAAAAAUCACAACAUGGAUAUAUGUAGGAGAGCCGGAUAUGUCACUGAAUUUCAAGCUUGGAAACAAUUUUAAUG